GACCAAGUCACCGACCACAGUUGUGGUUUACAAUUAGCAAUCAGUUAGCAGGUGGGGGACCUGACACAAGGAUGAAUCUGUAUUGUUUUUCCUUUGUUAUGUAAGUGUUGUACUUUAAAAGAAAAUGAUGCCAAAUAAGCAUUCUGGCUUCUCGAUUUUGUUGCACAAUUAUUUUGUUUUGUAUUAUGUCUUUCAUUAUCUUUUAUAAGUGCAAAUAGAUAAACUAAACUAAACAGGAUUAUGAGGAUUUAAGCACAAGUGAUGUUUCAAAAUGAGGAUCCACUGUUUGAUAAUGAGGUGGAUCACAAGAUGGAACUGAUUACUUCAGAAGUGAAGCCAGGUGGAGCUACAGGUGACACACGCGACAGCCCGAUUCCAGAGGAAUGCAGUCAUCAGACAGCCACAGAGGAAGGAGAAAUCUGAACCUUCAAGCAUGGCCUGAUCUGUUUUUCUCAGCACCAGUGAUGACCUUGCCACUCUGUCCUGAAGACUGGACACAAGCUUUGGUCUUCUGCCAUUUUGAAAGGGAGAUGCAGCGCUUAACAUGUUUGAUGCUGGUGAUCCUGUGGGUAGUGCAGCUUGUGGAGGGCUGUCCUAAUGCCUGUAAGUGCUCCAGGAAGUCUGGUGAAGGAAAGUCAGAGGUCAAUUGUCAUAAGAGGGGGCUUCGUGCCUUCCCCACCAACCUGCCCACUGAUGCCUGGAUUCUCAAACUCGGUGAGAAUGGCAUCACAGACCUGAAGGCCUUCGCUCUGAAAUCUGUUCCAAAGAUUGAGAGCAUCAAUCUGGAACGAAAUGCCAUCAAGUCAAUUCACCCUCAGACCUUCUCUGGUGCAACGCGACUGAUGCUUCUCAAUCUUUAUGGCAACCACAUCACCAGCCUUCCACCGAGGGGAUUUCGGGACCUCCUGAACCUUCGCUUCCUGAUGCUGGGACAGAACCAGAUUGGGAUCCUCAAACCUGAGAUGUUUGCGGGAAUGAGGAACUUGUCAGACUUAGACCUUCCUCUCAAUGCAUUGACAACGCUCCCAUCUAAUGCCUUUAAGCCUCUGAUCGCACUCAAAGUUCUGGACCUUUCCAUGAAUCGCAUUCAGAGGAUCUCUCCUAAGGCCUUCACUGGCCUAAGCCAGCUCCUGUUUCUCAACUUAGACAAUAACAGUCUGAAGACUAUUCCAGUUGGAGCAUUCAGGCCACUGCACUCUCUGGAGAUGCUUGUUUUAGACAACAACCUUCUUUCCACACUGAGCCUGUCAGCAUUGGAUGGUCUGGGCAACUUACAGGAACUCUACCUGAGGAACAACGAGCUGGAUCACCUGCCACCUGACGUGUUCAGGAACAUGGCCAGGCUUUCUCAGUUGGCUCUCAGUGGAAAUCGCCUGAAGACAGUGGACGGAAACAUGUUCGCCCAUAUGCCUGACUUGAAGAAGCUGUACCUCCAUGACAACCCAUGGCAGUGUGACUGUAACAUCACCUCCCUGGUGCAGUGGAUGGGACAGACCAAGGCCACUCUGUCACCACAGGGCGCCCUGAGAUGUCAGAGUCCUCUGGAACUCCGGAACAAGAGUUUAUUCAGCCUUCAAGCCAACAAACUGCUCUGCCCUGCCUAACCCCAGAAAACCUCAUGGCCCAUGGAUUCAAACAAACCUCUACUUUGUAUACUGAGCCUGUCUUUGAGAAAUCAUAUGAGAAGCAAGGUCACUCCACAAAGCUCCGAUGAAGUCAAUAAUUUUCCCUGUUGGAUUGUAUCCUGCUCCUUCUCUGCUUUAGGGUUAGGGUUAGAGAAGCAUAUUGAUGCACCCAGCUAAAAAUCCUGCAUAAAACAUCAGGUUGGCUUGACCAACAUGUAUUUAUGAGUGUAUUUUCAAUGUAUACUGGAGCACAAAACCCUUAGACUGCAGUGAAAGCAUAAAAAUCACUGUAAACUGAAGAAAGAACAAGUGCUGUCCCUUAUCUCCAAAUUCAACACUAAGAUUAAUAUUAUAAUCUCAUAUUGCGCUUGUCAAAUAGAAGCUACGCAGGUUUGGGAAGUGACGGAUUACAUGCAAUGGAAUUAUAUUAAUCCGAUUCCAGGAAAUAGUUUGUCUAAUCUUUCAGGGUUAAUGUUAAAAAAAAAAGAAA